ACGUGCUGGCUCGUUUUGCGGCAGGUCGCUCUCUGAAGUUCAGAAGUCACCAUAACAACACAUGAGCAUGACAUUUUCCAGUGAGUUAUGAAUAAAGUUAUGAUUAUAGACGAUCACAACACAGAAUCUUAGCAGGGGAAAGCACAGAAAAUGGCCAGUACCAUGGUGGCCGUGGGCAUUACCCUGGCAGCAGCAGGGUUUGCAGGUCGCUAUGCAAUGCAAGCCAUGAAACAUAUGGAGCCGCAAAUGAAGCAAGCUCUGGAGGCAUCCAGAUCUGCAUUUGGCAGCGGAUACUACAGAGGUGGUUUUGAACCAAAGAUGAACAGGAGAGAAGCUUCCCUUAUUCUUGGUGUCAGUCCUACCGCUAACAAAAACAAGAUCAGAGAGGCACACAGAAAAUUGAUGAUUCUAAACCAUCCUGACCGAGGUGGAUCCCCAUAUCUGGCGGCAAAAAUCAAUGAGGCUAAAGAUUUACUUGACGGACAAUUGAAGAAAUAAAUCUUCAUCAAAUGUUUGAACGAGCCCUGUCUGAUGCACUUGAAUUCUUACAUGAUCAUUAAACAUGUUGUCAUCUAGAUCUGAUCUCUGUUGUAUGAAAACGAAUCAAUUUACACCACAGCUGAAUGUGGCAGAAUUCAUUAUUCAGAUAAUUCAGAUUCAUUACCUUUUAAAUGUUGCAAAAUCUGCAUGAGGAAUCUUUUGCCCUCAUGCAAAAUUCCCAACCACAUGGUUGAAAUGUUUGGAUUUCACCCAUUCAAAUUCACCAAAUAAUGUAAAAAGUUACCACACCUUUACAUAAAGGAAAGCUGAAAGAUUCAGAAGCCUUGUUUGGACAGGAAAGAGCAAAACAACUGAUACACUAACUUUGAAAGGUUGGCUGGAAGAUCAAAUGUUUAUUUAUGAACUACCUGCAUACAAAACAUAUUGCACAUCAAACAACCAGAAUGAUCUUUAAAAAAAAAAAAAAAAAAAAAAAAAAAAAAAUUGACUAACGAACGUAGUUUACAGAACAGAACAUCUGGAAAUUGAUCUUUCAGUAGCCCAAAUUUGUAAUCUGCGUGCUAAGAAGUUCAGGCAGUUUAGUGUUAAAAACCACUGCGUUGUUAACUUUAAAUACUGUACAUUUUAAAAUAAAUAAACCAAAAAAAAAAAAAAAA